AUGUCGAGAAUAAACAUGAUCGUUAUGGGCCUUCCUGUAGAAAUACAAAACCAGCUUGAUAGAGAAGAAAUAACAACCAUUGAGAAACUGUUCAAAGAACUAACAAAAAUUGAUGAAUGCGUUUCUAACAUCAAGCCAAAAUAUGACAAUAAAUUUUACAGUAAUGAAAUACCAUACAAUACGGGUGUAAAGACAAAGCAACUUUAUCAACACAAACAGAGAUAUGAAAAUGUAGACAAAGAAAUUUUGGUACCAAAAUACAAAGUAGAAGCAAAGACAAAUAAUACUCUAAAUAAACAAAAUCAAAGAUAUGAAAAUAACACUCUAAAUAAAGAAAAUUUUGUUAGACCAAAUUUUAUCAGAAUAUUAAUACCACAGCAAAUAAACCAUGUUUUAUGUGUGAAGAAUUGGGCUGGAAAAAUCGAUACCAUCCAACAAAUGAAUGUAGAAAUAAGACUCUUUACUCAUCAAAAAGAGAAAUUAAUAUUCAUGAUACUAAAUACCAAACAGAUGACGAAGCACAUAUGA